AUGCCGAAGGGAGAGCACAAGCCGAGUAUCCUGUUAUCCCGGGAUGAGAAUGAACAGGUGUUUAGCCUCAUUGGACCAAAAUGCGAGAGUUUAGCGACAGCUGUUGUGCAACUCUUCACAACAGAAGGUCCAGCCCAUUCAGAAUGGAAAAAGAAAGAUACUGGGGUCCUUUGCCUCAUCAAAGACAACAGCAGACGGUCAUACUUCUUCCGUAUAUAUUGCCUAUAUAGGAAGACUAUGAUUUGGGAACAUGAGGUGUACCUUCAGAUUGAGUACAAGAGCCCAAGACCUUAUCUGCACACAUUUGAAGCUGAGGACUACAUGACGGCCUUCAACUUCGCGAACGAGGAUGAGGCACGAGCGCUCAAGAACACGCUAAUUGAAAAGAUCGAGUUGCGGAAGCAGAGGAGGGAAGAGAGGCGGCUGAGGUCGAUGCACGGCGCGAGGCCCAAUAGCUCCGGCUCCCAGAGGUCGGUGAGGCAAAACGGUGUCGCGCCAGUCGCGCCGGUGCCCUCCCAGUCGCCGGUGCCAGCGCCCCAGCCCGUGAAGGCAGCCAACGUACCGGGCGGCGGUUACACAUUGAAAGGCAAAAAGCCUAAAACGCGUAAGCUGACGAAGGCGGACAUCGGUUUCCCCGAGAACUUCAAGCACAUAUCACACGUCGGCUGGGAUGCUAACAAAGGGUUCGACGUGGACCUCCCCGCCGAGGAGAUGCGCUCGUUCCUCUCGAAGGCGGGCAUCUCGGAGACUCAGCUCCAGGACCGGGACACGCGCCAGUUCAUCUACGACUUCAUCAACAGGAACGGCGGAAUCGACGCCGUGAAAGACGACCUCCAAGAGACCCCUCGCCCGCCCAAGAGCUCCUCGCGGUCCGUCGCCCCGCAGUCCGCGCCCCCCGCGCCCCCCGCCCCGCCGGCGCCGCCCGCACCGGCCGUGCCCUCGCGCACCCCCGCACACGCGCACCCACCCGCCCCUCCAUCCCGAGCGCCCCCGCCCCCGCCAGCGCGAGCCGUGCCCCCGCCCCCGCCCCCGCCGCCCUCUUUGGCGCCGAGGAAUCCGCCCCCGCGUCCGCCGCAACCGCUGCCCGGCGCCUCUGGGGGCCCUCCGUGCGCGCCUCCCCCUCCGCCGCCGGGGGUGCCUCCCCCCCCUCCGCCGCCGCCUCCCCCGGUGCCGGCGCCCCCCGCCCCGCCGGCGCCCCCCGCGGAGCCCCCCGCGCAGGAUGCGCGCGCCGCCCUCAUGGAGAGCAUACGCAGCGGCAAGAACCUCAAGCACGUGGAGGUGGGAUCGAAGUCGUCGCUGAACGAAGACAACAGGAGCAAUUUGCUCAGCGAGAUCAGACAAGGCGUCGAGCUGAAAUCGGUGUCGCGCUCGACGAGCAGCUCGGGCGAGCGGUCGAGGGCGGAGGCGCCGGCGUGCGGGCUGGCGGGCGCCCUAGCGCGCGCUCUGCAGGAGCGCAACCGCGCCAUCCACUCCUCCGACUCGGAGGACAGCGACGCCGACAGCGACGGCGAGUGGGACGAG